CGCCCGCCGCGCGAUCGCCGUCAAGAAGUUCACCAAGAUGGCGUGGCCCGACCCCAAGCAGUUCGCGGAGGAGGCCAGGGGCGUGGGCAAGCUCAGCCACCGGCGGCUCGCCAACCUCAUCGGAUACUGCUGCGACGGGGACGAGCGCCUGCUCGUCGCCGAGUUCAUGCCCAACGACACCCUCGCCAAGCACCUCUUCCACUGGGAAAAUCAGACUAUUGAAUGGGCAAUGCGUCUUAGAGUUCCGUACCACAUUGCUGAAGCGCUGGACUAUUGCAGCAGCGAGGGUAGACCAUUAUAUCAUGACCUAAAUGCUUAUAGGGUUCUUUUUGAUGAGAAUGGUGAUCCUCGUCUUUCAUGCUUCGGUUUGAUGAAAAACAGCAGAGAUGGGAAAAGUUAUAGCACAAACCUUGCAUACACUCCUCCGGAAUACUUGAGAAAUGGAAGAGUCACACCGGAAAGUGUCAUAUUCAGCUUUGGCACUGUACUACUCGACCUUCUAAGUGGAAAACGCAUACCUCCUUCACAUGCUCUUGAUAUGAUGCGAGGCAACAAUCUCCAAGUGUUGAUGGAUUCACAUUUGGAAGGGAACUACUCGACAGAAGAGGCAACUGCUUUGGUAGAUCUUGCCACCCAGUGUUUGCAGUAUGAACCUAGGGACCGCCCAAAUACAAAAAAGCUGGUCACCAUACUUGAGCCCCUGCAAACAAAACUAGAGGUACCAUCCUACGAAAUGCUUGGUAUUCCAAAGAUUGAGGAAGAAGCACCACCUUCACCACCUCCACCACCUCCUGCUCCACAACACCCUGUUUCUCCUUUGGCUGAAGCCUGUUCUAGGAUGGACCUGACAGCUAUUCAACAGAUUCUUUUAACAACACACUAUAGAGAUGAUGAAGGCAGUAAUGAGCUUUCAUUCCAGGAAUGGACACAGCAGAUGAGGGACAUGUUGGACGCCCGGAAACGUGGGGAUUUAGCUUUUCGUGACAAAGAUUUUAAGACGGCCAUAGAAUGUUAUACACAGUUUGCUGAUGUGGGGACAAUGGUAUCACCUACAGUGUUUGCUAGAAGGAGCUUAUGCCACCUCAUGUGUGACCAGCCUGAUGCUGCCCUCCGAGAUGCGAUGCAAGCGCAGUGCAUAUUACCUGACUGGCCAACCGCAUUCUAUAUGCAAGCUGUUGCACUUUCAAAGUUAAACAUGCAGAGCGAUGCUAAGGACAUGCUGAGUGAAGCUUCGCAGCUAGAAGAGAAGAAGCAAAAGAACCCAAGAUGAUUUUCAGAGUGUUGUUGUUGUAAAGAUGCGUCAGUUCAGUCUCUUCUACGGCUCAAAUGUUUAUGUUGAGACGUGCUAUUCCUGUCCUUGGGAAAAAAUUGUGACAAAUUCCGGGUUGAGUUAGGGAGAAAAUUUGGAGGAAAAGUGCUGUAGAGUCAUGUGGCUGUGAGUAUCUAUUUGGUUUGGCAAUUCUGUGAUGCAUUUUUUGGGCGCAUGUAUAUGUAACAUUUUUAAAGGUUACAGGAAUGGUGCAAGGGAAUAUAUGGUUGAUAAUACUAGAGCUUGAGCUAAUGCUCUAGCUUUUAACUAAUCAAAACCAUGGAUUUCCUU